AUGGUGCAGAAAAAAGCUGCAGGUGACCACGAAGGGCUGGAGGGACAGUUGAAGAGCAAAGACUGGCUUGUUGGUUCAUGCAAAGGAAGUAAAACUGGAUCCAUCACAUUCCAGGACGUGACUGUGGACUUCACCCCAGAGGAGUGGCAGCUGCUUGACUGUGAUCAGAGAACCUUGUAUUGGAAUGUGAUGUUGGAGAACUUCAGAAACCUCAUCUCAGUGGGGGGCCCCGGUACCAAAACAAAAGGCGUCUUCAAGGCAGAGCAAGGACAAGAGCCAUGGCUGGGGGAGGGAGAGAACCCAUGCUGGCGCUGUCCAGGCAGAGAUCACAAGUAGGCAGAGAGGC